GAUGCUGCCGUGCUGUUUGUAAUCAUAAAAUGGCGUCUGCUACGCGAACUAUGCAGGAAAAACGAAAACUGGACGACGUCGAGAACGAUUCAGAUAAUGAAACACAAAAGAGCGUAAAACAUGCAAAGACAAACAGAGAAGCACCUCGACUGUGUCCGUACUUGGAUACAAUUAAUCGGCAAUUCUUAGAUUUUGAUUUUGAGAAGUUGUGUUCUGUGUCACUGUCCAGGAUAAAUGUGUACGCCUGCUUGGUAUGUGGAAAAUACUUUCAAGGCAGGGGAACCAACACUCAUGCGUACACGCACAGCGUAGCUGAGAGUCAUCAUGUUUUUCUCAACUUACACACACUGAAAUUUUAUUGUUUACCAGACAAUUAUGAAAUUGUUGAUUCGUCACUGGACGACAUUAAAUAUGUGUUAAAUCCAACUUUUGACAAGGCACAAAUAGCUCAGUUAGAUAAGAGUGAUAAACAAUCCAGAGCAAUUGAUGGCUCCAUGUAUUCACCAGGGAUAGUUGGAAUGAAUAAUAUAAAAGCAAACGAUUACUGCAACGUCAUUUUACAAGCACUUUCGCACGUAACACCUUUGAGAGAUUUCUUUUUAAGAGAGUCUAACUAUUCCCACGUAAAGAGACUGCCCGGUGAUUCUUCUUAUCUCUUGGUACAAAGAUUUGGAGAACUUAUGCGCAAAUUAUGGAAUCCACGUAAUUUCAAAGCACAUGUAAGUCCACACGAGAUGCUUCAGGCGGUAGUUUUGUGGAGUAAAAAAAGAUUUCAGUUUACCGAGCAAGGCGAUCCGGUGGACUUUUUAUCAUGGUUCUUAAACGCUCUUCAUUUGGCAUUAAAUGGCACAAAGAAACGUGAUUCCAGUAUAAUUUAUAAGACAUUUUUGGGACAUUUGCGAAUAUAUACGCGAAAGAUACCUCCACUGGAAUUAGAAGAGAGUCAAAGAAGCGAAUUACUGCACACAGUCGAGUAUGGCGAGACCGUAACGGAAAGUCCAUUUUUGUAUCUCACUUGCGAUCUCCCUCCGCCACCAUUGUUUAAAGAUCAAUUCACCGAGAAUAUAAUUCCGCAGGUGAAUCUGUACACGUUGUUGAACAAAUUCAAUGCUAUCACCGAGAAAGAGUACAAGACCUAUAAAGAGAAUUUCAUGAAGAGAUUCGAAAUUACUGAACUGCCGCCUUAUCUCAUACUUUAUAUAAAAAGAUUUACGAAGAAUACAUUUUUCGUCGAGAAGAAUCCAACAAUUGUGAAUUUCCCCGUUAAGAAUGUUGACUUUGGAGAUAUUUUGACACCCGAAGUAAAGGCCAAACAUCCGUAUACAACGUACGAUCUGGUGGCCAAUAUAGUGCACGAUGGCGAACCUGGUCAAGGAACAUACAGAGUUCAUAUUUUGCACAGAGCUACCGGUCAGUGGUACGAAUUGCAAGAUUUGCAUGUAACUCAAAUAUUGCCUCAAAUGAUAACCCUCACUGAAGCGUACAUACAGAUCUAUGAAUUGAGGAAAGACGCGCAUACAGAAAACGGGGACAGUAAAAACAAAACUAUGUGACAUAAUUGAAAAAAAAAUUUCUUAAAAUAUAAUAAUAAAAAUUUACAUUUUGUAUAUACAUAUAUAUAUAUAAAAGUUGUCAGAAAUGUACAUUUUGUUGACAUUUCCUCAACAUAUUUGCUACGCACAGUUCGUGUCCUCUUUCAGUUAUUUUCAGAAUGAAAAUUUAUGAGAAAAAGUUUUUGUUUUCAAUUAUUAUAAGUCUUUUCUAACUUAUUGUAAGUUUUAUUUGCUCGAUACUAGUGAUUUAAUAAUUUAUUUUGUAGCGGUAAAUCGCGCGUAACAUGAAAUAGAAAAACAUCAGUCAAAAGUAUUUUCGACAAUAAAGCUGCGUUCUCUAAAAUUCAGU